AUGCUUGAUGUUGGUGAAAACCAACUCGGAGGAAGCAUCCCAAAAUGGAUUGGUGAAAGUCUCCCAAAUCUUGUGAUUCUAAGUUUGCGUUCAAACUCUUUUGAUGGCCAUAUCCCUGAGGAACUUUGUCAGCUCGGUUCCCUUCAAAUCUUAGACCUUGGGGAUAACAAAAUCUCUGGAGCCAUACCAAAAUGCUUUAAGAAUCUAACUGCCAUGGUCACAAAACCAUAUGACACUGAUGCUGUCAUUGACUAUUUCGUGGAUGGGGAAUUCAUAAGGAGUGAAUUAUUGGUGAUGAAAGGAAGAGUGGACGAAUACAGCACCACGCUAUCACUUGUUACCACCAUGGACCUGUCAUACAACAAUCUCAUUGGAGACAUCCCCAAAGAACUAGCCAGUCUCGAAGGGUUGCAAUCGUUAAACUUAUCAGGAAAUUCCUUGAAAGGAAAGAUCCCUGAUCACAUUGGCAACAUGAGGUUAUUAGAAUCUCUUGAUUUCUCCAGGAACCAUUUUCAUGGUCCAAUCCCUGUCAGCUUCUCCAACUUGAAUUUCUUGAGUCAUUUGAACUUGUCUUACAACAAUUUGACAGGAAGAAUACCAUCAAGCACCCAACUCCAAAGUUUUGAACAAGUUCUCUUACAGUGGGCAAUCACCUAUGUGGCCCUCGCCGUCACUGAAGACUGCAGCCACGAAUGUUGA